CUGUAGACCGGUGUCGUGGAUCUCAUAGAGUCCCAAGGUGAAAUAUAUAAACUUCUUUUUUUAACAUUGACUUAUAGAUCGCACUUGCAUCUCAGUUUACUCAUAUUGACCAACCUAUAAAAGUCCCUGUCAAGCCCCUGUCUGACAUAUAAUCUCACCAAGAUGGCCGACCGUGUUGCUACUCUCGACUCCUCUAUCGCCGACCGAUUACCGGCCUACUCAAAGCCUCUGUUUGAGGCCAAAGCCAACAAGAAGCUGACCUUUGAGGCAAUCGCCAAGGAGCUCGGUCGUGGCGAGGUUGCCGUGGCCGCCAUCUUCUACGGACAGGCUCAGGCUUCCCCCGAAGAUGUCGGCAAACUCUCAAACCUGCUAGGUGUCCCUAAAGAGGCCCUAGAGGCCUCAAUGGGGGGCUUCCCCGACCGUGGCCGCUCUGGACCGAUGCCCCCUGUAGAGCCCCUGAUAUAUCGGUUGUACGAGGUUGUACAGAACUACGGAUACGCGUUCAAGGCUAUUAUGAACGAGAAGUUCGGUGACGGCAUCAUGAGUGCCAUUGCGUUCUCGUCUAAGGUUGAUAAGGAGGUGGACAGUGAUGGCGUUACAUGGGUGAACAUCACACUCAGGGGCAAGUGGCUCCCUUACAGCCGAUUCUAAAAGCACCGCGGUCUGCGAGGAACUUCUAUAUGUACUGGCGUUCUAGGGACGAAUGGCUGGUGGUUUUAUAGAUAGCCUAUUAACGAAUGUAUUAUUUCUUUUGAAUCAUGUCACCCAUGCAUAUUCGUCCUCGUGUAUAGCUCUCAGUAACGACCCUACUGCGGCGAAUAUCUUAAAGCUCACUGUCUACUUUAAAUGUAUCGCCCAAGAAGGUCUCAUACUAAAACAUAACUUUACCAGAAAAUUCUACAUUCAGGGGCGGAUUCUAGACCAAUGGCCGCACUGAAACUGGUCUAGCGAAGCAUUUUCUACUUGGAUUAUAUAGGAUCAAAGUGAACAUAUCAUUACUUUGCAUCAGUAGGACCUAGGAAUUCGAUUCUCCCGUUGGCUAAAAACCCCUUUUGCCUUUUCUCUUAUAUCUUUCCGUAUACCCUCC